AUGGCUAUUUUAUGGUUAAAGAUAAGAAUUGGAAAAAUAGAUACUACUGAUCAGCAUCAACUUCAAAAUGUUUCUAAUCAUAACCAUGCUGCUGAAGCAAGUCGAGUUAAUAUUGUAAAAGUUGUUAAUGUAUUGAAAGAACAGGCUCAACAAACUAAUGAUCAGCCUAUACAAAUUAUUCAAACUAUAGUAGCUAAUAUUUCACAUGAAAUAUAUCUGUAUCUUCUAUUCCGCGAUGCACUUCGACAGUCUGUUAAACGAAUGUAA